CCCCGUUAGACUUGAGAGGGUCGUGAUUGCCGCCGCGCUCCACCAAAGCAUCGCCUCGGCCACACCAACAUCCCCAUCCCAAGCCUCGCCUCGCCUCCCUCCUCCUUCCCAUCGACCAACAUCCAUCAGCCAUCCCCGCCCAUUGAGUCGAAACCGCAUCUCACCACGCCGCCCGGACUGCGUUCCGUUGUAUCGCAGAGCGCAAGGGCUGGGGAAAAGUUCGUCACAAGAGACUCAGCCAUACGUCGCCGUCGCCCUCGCUGUUGGCAGUCUAGCCGCCGGCAACUCACCGCCGACCACGACGACAUUUGCGCGUUGCUAUCGCCAACGGAGCUGAUCGCAAACGCGGCACAAUGUACAACGCGCACCGAGGCAUGGCCCCGGGGCCGCAAGCGGGCAGCAGGUUGCAGGAGCUGCUGGACCAGGUGCGCGCGGAGUUCGAACAGCAUACUCAGCGGUCAGCCGCCCAUGAGCACGAUUUGCACCAGCAGAUUCAGGAAAUGGAACUUGUGAGGACCAAGAUCUAUCAGCUCGAGACCAGCCACGUCCAGAUGAAGCAGAAAUAUGAGGACGAGAUCGCGCGUCUCCGACACGAGCUCGAGCAGCGAGGUGGUCCUUCGCAAGGCCCACACGCUGCACCACCUCAACCGCAGCCUCCAGCCAUAGGACACGGACCUGCCAAUCUCUUCCAAGGCAUCAUGGCCGGCGGUGGUCAGAGUGGACCAGGCCUUGCACCUCCGCCUCAAGAAGCUCAAGGCCAGCCAGGCAUGCCAGGACACAUGCAAGGCCAAGCACCUCCAGGUCUCACCCAACCACCUCCUGGACCACCGCACAACCCAUUCGCCUAUGGUCAACCACAGCAGGGUCCUCCAGGUCUCGUUGGCUACCCAGGACAGCCACCUCAGCCCACCGCUAGCCCAGGCGCUGGAAAGCCUCGCCUCGGAGCGCCACCAGGAGUACGUGGACCUGCAACACCUCAGCAGAAUCAUGCAGCAGCCUACCCAGGCUCGCCACACCACGCGCGCCCAACGCCGCCACCAAAUGGUCCAGGACCAGCGAACCCGAAUGCAUUGAUUGCCCCAGACUUCGCCUAUACCCCAGUUGACUUGGACCGAAUCGGCAACCAGCUGUCGGAUUAUGAUCCAGACAAGCUUCCUCCACACCUGAAGAAGCAGGGCGAUGACUGGCACGCGGUAUUCAACCCGCAGAUGCCACGCAGGUUGGAUGUUGACCUCGUCCACAACCUUCCUCACCAGAGCGUGGUGUGCUGUGUUCGCUUCAGUCAUGAUGGUCGCUUUGUCGCAACCGGUUGCAACAGAUCGGCGCAGAUCUAUGAUGUCAACUCUGGCAACCAAGUCUGUCACCUCCAGGACAAUCAAACCAAUUCCGAAGGCGAUCUUUACAUCCGCAGCGUAUGCUUCAGUCCAGAUGGACGAUACCUCGCUACAGGCGCGGAAGACAAGAUCAUUCGCGUAUGGGACAUUGCUGCCAAGCAGAUUCGUCACCAAUUCUCUGGUCAUGACCAGGACAUUUACUCCCUUGACUUUGCCUCUGAUGGUAGAUACAUUGCGUCCGGAUCUGGGGAUAGAACAAUCAGACUCUGGGACCUGCAGGACAAUCAGUGCGUCCUCACCCUCUCGAUUGAAGACGGAGUGACGACGGUCGCCAUGUCUCCAAACGGUCGAUAUGUUGCAGCUGGUAGCUUGGACAAGAGCGUACGCAUCUGGGACACGCAGACCGGCGUGCUUGUCGAACGCACAGAGGGCGAGCAGGGUCAUAAGGACAGUGUAUACUCUGUCGCUUUCUCCCCAUCUGGAGAGCACCUCGUGUCUGGAUCUCUCGACAAGACCAUCCGCAUGUGGAGAUUGACUCCACGUAGCCAGUAUGCACCACUGGGCAACGCACCGCCAAAUCCAAAGAGUGGCGAGUGUAUCCGCACUUUCGAAGGCCACAAGGACUUUGUCCUGAGUGUAGCACUUACCCCCGACGGAUCUUGGGUGAUGUCUGGCUCUAAAGACCGUGGAGUGCAGUUCUGGGAUCCCGAGACCGGAAAGGCUGUGCUCAUGCUGCAGGGACAUAAGAACUCUGUCAUCUCCGUCGCCCCAUCGCCAAUGGGCGGUUUGUUCGCCACCGGCUCUGGAGACAUGAAGGCUAGGAUCUGGCGCUACUUCCCAUACAACACUGGUGGUUUAGAACACCGUGUAUAGUCAAAAUAUUCACUUCUGAAAUACUGAUGAUGUCUCAGAAUCUAGUAGCGCAGCCCGAGCCAUGGCAUUGGACUUUUAUAGACCUUCAGAUGUGCAAAGAUCGUUCCAAUUGGGGCAAUCAUCGCAAAAUCCUAUUAUGAUACAAUCGCAGUCGCCGCCAUCUCGAAUCGGAUCGGUGGACUGGAAAGGUGGAUAAGGGAGGAGUAGUUUGGAGGGCGGCCAACGUAUUGGUAUAUCCUGGGACUUCAUGGCGGCAUGGCAAUGGAGUUGGGGGUAUGCCCGCGGAUGGGCGAUGUAACAAAUUCAUAGGAUGACAAAACGUGUAUUGAAAUGCUAUGCGUUGUUG